AUGAAUGCUUACGAUGUGUUCAUCGAGCCAACUACAGUCAAUAAUUGCGUUGGAUGUAAUUUUAUUUCAUCUCAACAGAAGCAUUUAGUGGUCGCUAAAACUUCAAUUCUACAAAUAUUCGAAGUAUUGAAAAAGAAACCGACUGCUACCCAUAGAGAAGGCUAUAAACUUAAAUUGGUUCUGCAGUAUAAGGUACAGGGAAAAAUUACGGACAUCAAACCAAUUCGUACUAUUGAGUCGAAUAAUCUUGAUUAUCUUUUAAUAUCUACCGAAAAGGCAAAGUUCUCAUGCAUAAAGUGGGACAGUACCAAGCAUGGUAUCCAAACGGUUUCCUUGCACUUCUACGAGCACGUUUUGGAGGAAACAAGUUAUGAGGAUAUUCCAAAGUCUCAACUUUUGGUUGAUCCAAACUCGAAAGCAUUAGCAUGUCUACGUCAAGCUAAUAUGUUAGUCUUUCUCCCCUUCCAUCAAUUGGGUGACGAGGAUGAAGAUGAUAGCGAAAGUGAUGAUGACGAGUCAGGUAUUGAUAAAAGCAAUCAAGACAAACAGAACCUGAAUGAUGCAAGAGAUGCGGAUGCGCUGAAAGUGGAGUUCAGUGCAGCCGUUCCACGCAAUAUGUCCCUUUUCGAAGAGAGCUUGGUCUUAGAAAUCAACUCGUUGAAUAAUAGCAUCGGAGAGGUGAUUGAUAUUCGAUUUCUAAACAAUUAUAGAAGACCAACUAUAGCUGUCUUAUCCCAGCAAAAAAGGACUUGGACAGGGCUCCUACCUACAUCGAAGGACAAUGUUCAGUUUACGGUGUUGUCUUUAAACUUAAGAGCUCGGUCAGCGACAACUGUAUUAAAACUUGAAAAUUUACCGUAUGAUAUUGAACGAAUCUAUCCUGUACCGGGUCCAAUGAACGGGAGCUUGUUAGUCGGGUCGAACGAGUUAAUUCAUGUUGAUGGCGGUGGCAUUUCACGCCGAAUCGCUCUCAAUGAGUACUUUGCAGACACAACGGAUAUGGCUCGUGGCUUCUCUGAUCAACUGUCACUCAACUUGAAACUCGAAAAUUGCACUUUUGCCAAAAUAUCGAACGAGACGAAAUUACUCAUGCUUUUACGCGAUGGCACGAGCUAUUGUAUUAGCUUUGAGAUGGAUGGCAAAGCUAUAAAGAAGAUGUUUGUUGAGGGUUUUGUAUCAGAGUCGUUCAACCAGUGGAAAGUCCAUAUGCCAGGUGAAGUGGCUUCGUUAGACGACGAUUUGCUAUUUUUUUCGAGCCGUACAGACGAUGCGUCACUUGUGACAAUUAAAGGGAAACAACACGCGGCGCUGGCACCCUCUGCUACUCUAACCGAAUCGAAAGCGGAAGAGGAAGAAGAUGACUUUUACGAUGAAAUGGGCUCCUCAUCGGGCAAUAUUUCUCAGGGAGGUAUCAUAGAGGUCAUUGAACACGAUAGUCUUACCAAUAAUGGCCCAGUGUCUUCCUUUACAUUGGGCCAUUAUUCCAGAGAGAAGUUCGUUACUAAUUUGCCAAAUCCGGAUUAUGAACUGAAAUCCAUCUUCGCAUCAGGCGGACUUGCUGAUACUGGCCAUAUUAACAUUUUUACGCCUACAAUUCAGCCUGAAAUCAAGACUUCACUUACGUUCUCUCAACUCAAUCGGCUAUGGACACUCAGCAAUAAGUACCUCAUUACUUCCGAUGACCCGAAUAACAAAUCCGAAAUUUUUGAUAUUACUCAAUCUUAUGCACGCUUACCAGCGAAGCAGUUUAUUCAUGACGAAUUGACGGUUGCAAUGCACGAGUUAAGUGAUGGAAAGUAUAUUUUACAGGUGACCCCAAAGCACGUUGUGCUAUAUAACAACCGUUUUAAACGAAUGUCGACCUUAGAUCUGGAAUUAAGUGACGUGUCAGAUGCUGAUAUUAUAACCAGUGUUUAUGACGACGGCUUCCUCAUGUUGUUUCUUUCUACAGGAGAGCUUAUGAUCUAUACUAUCAAUACCUACAGCAAGACUUUUACGAAAAUUCCGUUACCUAAGCUCUUGAAUGAGGCACUUAUAACUACUGGUUAUAUCACAAACUCGCGCCUCUUGAAUGCUGUUACGAAAGACCUUACCUUACUUACUGCUCGUGGUCAAAAGAGAUCUAGAGGCGGUAAUCAAGUGGCCGCGGUUAAAGCAGAUGAACUGUUCCAAGAUCCAAAAUCUAAGAUAUUUAUAGUGGUCACUGGUGACAACAGAAUUGUGGUCUUUAACAGAUUUCACAACGAGAAAUGCUUUCAACUCAAUUCAGCUGAAAAGUUUAGUGACUUGCUCACAUUGGGCUUUUUUGAUAUCGUUUCUGGUGAACCAGAUCCUGUUAUCAAACAAGUUGUUCUUAAUGAUCUUGGAGAUGAAACAUGCAAAGAGGAAUAUCUUACAAUUUUGACUGUCGGAGGUGAAAUUUACUGCUAUAAACUCUUCUUUGACGGAGAGAAUUUCAAAUUCAUAAAGGACAUUGACACCCCGAUCACAGGGGCUCCCUUUAAUGCCUUUGCCGAGGGCACAUCUAUUGAACGAAGAAUGGUUUUCUUUUCCAAUAUCAGUGGCUUCACUUGCAUUUUGGUAACUGGCAUUAUUCCAUUUCUCAUUGUCAAAGAAAGGAAAUCUACUGUUAGAGUUUUCAAGUUCCUGAAGAUACCAAUAGUCUCGUUUGUUCCAUUUAGUGACGACAAUCUUAAGAAUGCCCUCAUCUAUCUCGAUACGAAAAAGAACGCCAGAAUAGUGGAAAUUCCCCAAUCAUUCAAUUAUGAGAAUAGAUUACCAAUGAGGAGGGUCAACAUAGGCGAAACGGUCAAAUCUUUGGCGUACCAUGAGGGCUCCAAUACUUUUCUAGUGUCUACCUUCAAAGAAAUACCCUAUGACUGCGUUGAUCUUGAAGGUAAUCCUAUUUUCGGUUUGAAGCCUAAUAAACCGCGCGAGGCAUCGUAUAAAGGGCUGAUAAAGCUUUUGUCUCCUAUGAAUUGGGGGGUCAUUGAUACAAUGGAACUCGAGGACAAUGAGGUCGGAUUACAUCUUAAGACUGUCCCUUUGGAUGUAGGGAGUUCACUCAAGCGGUUCAAAAACAGGAAAGAGUUUGUCCUCGUUGGCACCGGAAGGUAUGCUACAGAAGAUCUCGUGGCAAAUGGAGCGUACAAGCUCAUAGAAAUCAUUGACAUUAUACCUGAGCCGGGAAAGCCAGAAACCAACCACAAGCUCAAAGUGUUCACUCAUGAAGAUGUUCGAGGAGCUGUCACGGCCAUUUGCGAUGUAACCGGGCGUUUCUUGAUUGCCCAAGGCCAGAAGAUCAUUGUCCGAGACAUCAAAGACAACAGUGCCGUCCCAGUGGCUUUCUUAGAUACAGCGGUGUACGUCACUGAGGCAAAAUCCUUUGGCAAUUUCGUCCUUCUAGGGGAUACGUUGAAAAGUGUGUGGCUCGCAGGUUUCGAUGCUGAGCCUUUCAGAAUGCUUAUGCUUAGUAAAGACGUCCAUGGUCAUGACGUCUCCUGUGCUGACUUCCUUGUGAAGGAUGAAAAUCUUCACAUCGUUUUAGCAGAUAGCAAAGGUGUCCUUCAUGCGCUUCAGUACAACCCUGAAGAUCCCACCUCAUCUAACGGACAAAGACUUCUUUCUAAGGCUGCUUUCAAUACCAACUUCAAAACCUCUUGCAUGAAAAACGUUCCCAAGUUCGAACAGUUCAAUCAAUCGAUCGAGCCUGACAGACAAACUUUCCAGACUAUCGCUUCCAGUACUGAAGGUGCUUUUUACGUCAUAUUUCCUGUUGAUGAAUCACUUUACAGAAAGUUUUAUGUGCUUCAACAGCAAUUAAUAGAAAAGGAAUUCCAUCCAUGUGGUUUGAACCCGAAACUGAACCGAAUGGGUAGCACCACGGCUACUGAUGGGAGCUCUCGCCCUAUUCUAGACUGUGAGCUCAUCAGGCGGUAUGCCAAGUUAAAUGAUGAUAGAAAAACUACUUUGAUGCAAAAGAUCGGCAUAAACGCUCAAGUGGAGUUGUGGAAGGAUCUUGUGGAGAUGGAGAAUGUUUUGAACGGUAUGAUGGACUCUGAACAUAACAAAGAAAAGAAUCCCUCCAAGAAAGCAAAAUCUGUUUCUUUCUCACUGUCUGUGGGAGAUAUCAGUAGUGAUACCGUGAAUAGUCAAGACGUGGACAUCCCAAAGACUAACAGUCCCUUGUGGCCAAACCCCAUUCAUUAUCUUUUAAUAAUCAAUGCAUUGUACUCAAAGGGUCUCACCCUUGACCCAUUAGGCUUAAUGUUAGCUGGAAUCCCAAUUUUGGUUCUUGCUCAAUGCUUCUACGGUUUUGUUUUGAUCACGCUGAGCAAGAAUACGUAUCAGGGAAGGACUAUAAAGGAUAACGCCCCUUUGGUUGUUAUUACAGCUACAGUUGCCUCGCUCCUACUUGCUAACAUCGUUUUUGUAAUGGUGAUUCUUAUGGGUGCCCCACUUGCAAAACUUGUGACUGAAACUUAUGUCCUUUCCAUCCAUAUCGCUUUGUUAGCUAUUCAGCCAGUGCUAGUACUUUUUAGACUUGAAUAUGGACAGUUGCGCAAGUUCUUCACAACAGAUAAAGUCUAUUCUGAAGUUCUUUCGAACACAGUCUUAUGCUCCUCCUUUUUUGCCUUGUUGGGUGCUUGGCUCGGUGUCAUACCUAUUCCACUCGACUGGGAUAGACCUUGGCAACAAUGGCCAUGUACAAUCUUGACUGGGGCGUACAUCGGCGGCUUUAUUGGGCAUAACGUUGCAACAAUUAGACUGCUACUUUUUUAG